UCUUGCAACCGACCGCCGACCACAUUAUGGGUUCUCGGAUGUAUUCACGGCGCCAUGAUAUGGAUAAAUUCUUUCGCUACAUCGUCUAAGACGAUAAAAGACCAGCCAGACCCUGCCUCUCGUCGCUUGUUCGUUCGAUUUCGCAACAUACUCGUCCUCCUUGACAACAGACUAUUCCCUUGCGACUCAAAUCUUCCCAGACUACUUCACGAUGUCGGCCACGGAAUCAAGCGAGCCACCAUAUGCCCCAAAGACAGCUGCUAUAGGUGGACAGCCUACAGUGGGAGUUGAUGUCCCAAUCACCAGCGUCUUUCUCUUCCUCUUCCUCUGUGGAGCCGUUGCAAAUAUGACAAUCUUCCAACUAAAUCGACGACGAGGGCACAAAUUCAUCAUGUCUGCGAUGAUGUUUGGGUUUUGCAUGGCUCGGAUUGUUACGAUGAUUAUGCGCAUCGUAUGGGCCUGUUUUCCUGACGAUGUCCGGAUUGGCAUCGCCGCCAUGAUUUUCGUAUCCGCUGGCGUUUUGAUCCUCUUUUUGAUCAACCUCAUCUUCGCCCAACGAAUUCUCAGAGCCGCACAUCCUCACUUCGGCUGGAAGAAAACGUUAACGGUCAUCUUCGAUGUCUUAUACUUUGGUAUCCUUGCGAUGCUCGCCAUGGUCAUAACAGCGACUGUUCAGUCUUUCUACACCCUCAAUACGAACACACAUCGGAUCGAUCGUAACUUACAGAUGACGGCGUCGAGCUACCUAUUGAUGAUCUCGUUUCUGCCCAUCCCCAUGGUCAUCCUCGGCAUUAUCUUGCCCCGAAAGACUAGACUCGAAAAGUUCGGCACCGGACGGUGGAGAUCAAAGAUUGCGAUCCUGCUCACAACGUCCGUCCUGCUCUGUCUUGGUGCGUCGUUCCGAUCUGGCACAACAUACAAGAAUCCACGGGCACGAGACGAUCCAGCUUGGUACGACGCAAAGUGGUGCUUCUACUUCUUCAACUUCCUACUCGAGAUCAUCGUCGUCUACCUGUACAUUAUCCUACGUGUGGAUCUCCGGUUCCACAUUCCGGAUGGCAGCAAGGGUCCCGGUGAUUACGUGCGGGAGACUAAGCCCGGCAAGGAGGCUAGUGGUAUGCAAGAAGCUCGGCGCAGUAGCAGCAUAACUAGGGUGAUGUCGGAGGAAGAAGUUUUUGACGACGAGAUGCCUGAGGACACGAGAGCCGAGAAAGACGUGGAGCGUCAAAUCGGGUCAAGUCAGUAACGAAUGGCCGCUGCAG